GGCGGAGAGAGGUGGCAUUAGAGUCCUCCGGUAUCCCAGCAGGCAGUGCAGCCUAGAGACGCUGACAAAGGAGCGGAGGAGCAGUCGCAGCUGCUUUCCGAGGAGCCAGUGUUGCCGAGAUUGCCAAAAUGCUUUGGAGUUUUUAACUGAAUCUAAUAAAAGUCCAAAAUAGAUUCGAGACUAUAAAAACAGAAGCUGCAGCAAGGGGGAUUCAGUGCCAAUGUAUCAACAAAAAAGACAACCAGAGUUAGUGGAAGGAAAUCUUCCUGUUUUUGUGUUUCCCACGGAGCUGAUAUUUUAUGCAGAUGAUCAAUCAACACAUAAGCAAGUGUUGACUCUCUACAAUCCCUAUGAGUUUGCCUUAAAGUUCAAAGUUUUGUGUACUACUCCAAAUAAGUAUGUUGUCGUUGAUGCUGCAGGUGCAGUAAAGCCUCAGUGUUGUGUGGAUAUUGUGAUUCGUCACAGAGAUGUUCGAUCCUGCCACUAUGGUGUUAUAGAUAAAUUCCGUCUCCAAGUUUCCGAGCAAAGCCAGAGGAAGGCUUUAGGAAGGAAAGAGGUUGUUGCUACUCUUCUCCCAUCUGCAAAAGAACAACAAAAGGAAGAAGAGGAAAAAAGAAUAAAGGAACAUUUAACCGAAAGUUUAUUUUUUGAGCAGUCAUUUCAACCAGAAAACAGAACUGUCUCCUCAGGACCUAGUUUACUAACUGUCUUCCUGGGAGUGGUGUGCAUUGCCGCCCUGAUGCUGCCUACGCUGGGGGAUGUGGAAUCGCUGGUGCCUCUCUACCUCCACUUAAGUGUGAAUCAGAAACUAGUGGCUGCUUAUAUCUUAGGUCUUAUCACAAUGGCUAUACUUAGAACAUGAGCGAGGAUUUCAGUUGUCUUCUGAAGUAAAUUUAUCUUGAAAAUAUGAAUGUGGACUGCCUUUUAUCUCUAUUUCACUCCAUUAACACGCUACAAACUAUUGAAUGAUUUCAAAUAAUUGCAGAUGUAUAAUAUAUAUUUUAAAUUACUCUAUAAUUUUAUUGGAAGGACUCCAGCAUAUUGUUAGACAGCAAGAAUGCUUCUGAGUGACACCUAGGAAAUUAUUUGAAGAAAUUCUUUUUAUAUCUAUACCUGUUGUGUGAAAGACUUUAAUUAAAACAUUUGUUAUUUUCUCAUCUUUUUUCUAAUUUACUUUGAUUGUUAAGGGUCAUGUGUCCUUCAAAGUUAAAAGCCUAAAAGAGCAAACUGACCAGCCUAAAAAUAAAAUUACAUUUAUUUCCUAGCUAAGAACAUCAGCAUUACUAUGUAAAUUAUGCCUUGCCCUCUAUAAUUAUAAACAGUUGCCAUGGUGUUUCUAAAAUAAGAGUUUUAUAGUUAACGUGUGGAGGGUAAAAAAGUAUGAGGUACUAAGGGAUCAUGCUUAUCCUAGUGUCUCACAGAAGACAGGACAUAUUCACCUUGCGAAUUUCAGAAUGAGUUGUGGUCCAGACACCAAGCAUAUGGGUUUUUUACAAAACCUAAUAGAAGUAGGGUGAUCUCUCUGUUUGGUCUCAGAGUUCCAAAGGAAGGUAACCAUUUGUUUAGUUAGUUGGUUCACCCUGGCUUUACUCUGGUUAACGCUUUAUGUUAAUAGUGGGAAAAAUCACUUUUUCUCCCAAGUCCCUUUCCUGCCCCGACUGUGACUUGACCAGAUUGGGAUUACCAGAUACCAAGUGGUCUAUGUAGAGAAGAUUUUUCAUCUUUGAAAAUAUCAAGUAUAGAAAAUCCUUGAUACCUGUGUCUAUUUUAUAUCAGUCACUGAGACAUUUUUUAAGUUUUUAUUUAUUAUUAAAACAACUUUACCAAAAAAGUCCCCUAAGCACAACUAUUUACAUUUCUUUAUAGCCUCUUCUGAUCUCUAACAUAUAUAUGCAGUUUUAACUGUUAUUGUCAUAGUAAAUGAUCUUUUGUCUUAGGACUUUUAUCUGAAAGCACAAUGCAUUAAGAGUCUCUUGAAAAUCAUCUUUCAGAUCUUUUUACACAAUGAACUUAUGCACUGCUACUGACUGUAGUAUUCUCAAGGAAUAUAUGUAAACACAAAUGUAUGUCUGAGGUUGGUUUUUUGCAGGAAACAGUACUCUGCUUCUUAAAAGCUUUUAUGUCUACUUUGACAGAAAAUCCUCACUGUUUAACCAUUUGGGGAGCAUAAAUCAUUAAAUGGAUCAUGUCUGUACAUUGUUUCAAUGACUGAAAAGCACAUAAAUGUAAUCUACUUUGAACUUUGUAAAAAAACUUACGCUUGGAGGCUAUGCUGCUUGUUUCUCUAUCCAUCAAGUCCUCUGUGUGUGGUGUGUGUGUGUGUGUGUGUGUGUGUGUGCACAUACGUGUAUGUGUGUGUGUGUGUGUGAUAACACAUUGUAAAGAACAGAAAUUACUUUAAAAAAAAUAAAAGAAAAUGGAGACCUGAA